AGGAAUAGGAAAAAGCUGACUUGAUUCUGUUCUGUGCCUUUUGAUGCGGUUUGACCCUCUGCGAAAGAUGACAGCUCGUACACUAGUUUGCCUUUUGGCGUUGCUUCACACAAUUCUCUCUGUGAAAGGUUGUGACCACUGCGAGUGCGACCAUAGAGGGGCUCUGUCGUCUUGCCAACUGGUUUCCCCUCAGUGUAAGCCCCAUCAUGAUCUUGUCCCUGAAGCAACAAUGUGUGAUGCAAGGGGGCUGAAAUGCUGCCGAAUGACUUGCGAUGGACCUGGAACGAUGUGUUUACCUGAAGAGGGUCGUUCGAGUUCAACAUAUGCUGAUUUAGGAACCAAGACUUGUAAGGAAGGAUUUAUAUGCGUAAAGGCUGCGUCUCGUCUUAGGAAAAAGUUACGGAUUCCAUGAUGUCAUUGCUCAUGGUUAGGAUAAUUGAGGUCAAAUAUAUAAUUUUUUAAAAUUUCUUUUGGACGCCUAUGAGAUGUGAAUUAUACUAUUCAGAUAGGUAGUCAUCGAAAACAAUCAAUUUUAUGCUUGUUUUCCAACAGAGUAUCUUUUGUUUAAACUGGUAAAGAAAAAAUUUGUAAACAAAUUACGUAGUUUUGAAUACAUUAAAAAUCAUCCAGAAGUUAUUGUCA